UGAUGGACACUCCCUCUUGUUAGGUCAGUCAAAGGGUUGGUAUUGCAGUUGUCUCCACCUGUACUUCUUCUUCUUAUGCGAGGAAUGAUGAUAAACAGAAUUUUUCUGACGACUAAUCCUUAUAUGAAAUAAUUCAUGUGGCACUGCAUCGAAGAAAAAAAUCAACCUGCGAGACAGAAAAACGACCGGAGAAGAUGGCCACAUCACAGAUUACCUAAGGUCGGCAUCCUGUGCAGAAAAUGCAUCUUUUUUAAAGACGUGGAAAACCCAAGACAUUUGAAUAAUGCUGUACUAUGCUGAGUGCUGACCAUGCCUGCAGAGAGGAAACGAAGAUAAGCACCACAGCUUUUUCUUUUGUCGAAAGGAAGCAGUCCAAAUAAUAUUUAUGGUUUUUCAAGUGACUGCACAGUAUAAUGUCGUCCAUGAUGUCAAGAAAAGACAACAGAAAAGAUUUUAUUUUUUUGUCUACAAAGGCACAGAUGCUGUUCUUUGCUGUCUGAAAAAAAAAACAAAAAACAGCAGCAACAAGUAUGAAUGUAGCGGUGGCCGCAUCAUUUAUCAAUUUCUGCUUCCCAAGGAUGUGAUUUCGAAGAUGUCGGUCAAAUAAAUGAUAACAGGCAUCACAGAUGCCAGAAGAUGAGAAGCAAAUAAGCUGUAAUCUCUUGAUGACAAAAAAAAAAAAAAAAAUCAAGACAAAGAAUCUUCUGAGUCUAUCUGAAGAACUAUACUGGCGUGUAGCCCAUGGUAACAAGAUGAACAACAUCAUCAUCAUGGAGGAUAAAUGUGAUGGUCAAUAACAGCUGCCACAAUUGAAGAGGAAAUUGAAAAUGAAAGGCAGUCCUUGGCUGACAGAAGACAAAAUGAAAGCUUAUUUGAAAUUAAUUUCCCACAAAUUGCUUUUGUCCAGAGCAUCUGCACAUAAUAUCUCUCAAGCACUGUGCAGGAAUCAUCCUGAAAUGUUGAGGAAAUGCCUGAGCGAGCUUGAAGUUAAGUCUAAUCAGCAGUUGCACAGCACAACUAUUUGUAACCAUAUUGCUAACACGCUGUAUUAUACUUUGUCUAUGACUAACAAUUUUUCGUCGUGUCAUGUGUCUCUGAAGAUUUUGUUCUGCUCAAGUUGUGUCUGUGUUUGUGCUUCACAUUCCUGGGUGAUAUACUGUAUAUUGUGGUGUUUUAUGUUCAUUAUGUGUCUAUAAUCCUGUCGAAGUUCCAACCUGCCAUGGUGCUUUUGUCAGGAUUAAUAUUUACCUGUCCUGUUCCCUCUCCUGCUCUCACGUUGCGUGUUAAGUCGACGGUUCUGAGGGAGUUCACCCAGAUGACAAAGGUAUGCGAGCAAAAAACGAAAUCAGAUUGCACAAACGAUUCACCUUCUGUAAGUGCAUGACUCCAUGUUGGGUGAGUUGCAUGUAUGAUGUGGUCUUCAUCACUCCUUGAAAGGUGUCAUCCAAAGCGGAUGAUUCAGCUUUCAGUGUCACAACAGAUGCAUUUCAUUGUGACAUUUUAAACAACCUCCGUAUGAGUACUAGCUGCAGGCUGUUGCUAGAGGGCACUACAGCUGAUUGACAUGUGUCUACUUUAUAUCGUAAUUAAAAAAGAAAAAAAAAGCCACUUUCUAAACCUACGUCCACAUGCUUUUUAGUCCUGUACAAGUAUGUUGGCACAGUUCAGUCUCAAUAAGUGGACUUGCUCGACAGGGACAACUCCAAGGGGUGGCAUGGCGUCUCAUAAAAGUCUAACUAAUCUGACUACCCACCCCAGGGCCACCUUAAAAAUUUCCCAAAUCUUUAAGCUUUAACAUAUGAAUCUUGUAAAUCUAAGUUAAUACUGAGUCACUCAGUAAAAAGAUUCCCAGUGCAUAACAUUUCAGGCUGUACUUUUAUACCAUGAACACCAAAGCAAACGGAGUCACCCCUUUAAGUUUUCUGUAUUACCUAGAUUUUUGCCCAUUUCACGCCUGACCCACACACUCUCCUUGGCUUCACUGUGACAACCUCGACUGCCACAGAUACAAAACUGCAAUUUCUAUGAUCCUAGUAGUUCAAAGCAGGUCACAGAGAACCAUGUGCUGUCAGGUUAACACAUAACUCUGAAGUCUCGAGUUAAUCAGCUGGAAUGACACCCAUGACCUCUGGAAGCCCCUAAGCCUCACACAGCUCUCAAUAUCUUUUGAUUUCUUGUAUCACUGUGACAAAUAUUCUGAGUGGACUGGAGGUAACACAAGUGUGCAGUGCUCCGGGGUAUGAAACUUGCUUAAUAUAACCACAGCUGAAACUUGUCAUUUCCUUUUAACAUGACAAUGAAGGAAAUUAGAAGUGUAAGCCAACCAGUCAUCCGUUCACAUCAACAAAAAGAAAACUGGUGGUACCUUUGCAGCAGUUUGACUAAUGUAGUCCAGGACAAUUUAGACCAGUGACAGAAUCUAAUUUCACUGGUGCAUAAACAAAUGAAGAGACUUCAUUAUUACUUACUGUCUGUGCUUUCUAGCUACAAAUUGGGACAGCUGAGUGGCAAAGGACUGCAAACUUAUGACAAAGUAUAAACCGCCGACAAUGGCAACUGGCUGGCGCUGCGGUGAUGAGAAUAAACACAGCAUUACCCUAUAACAGUGGGGACAUGUUAGAGACUCAGCAGGUUCUGAAUGUAUAGCCCAUUCGUUUGUUCAUUUAUUUAUUUGGAAAAUCUAAUGUAUUUGUAAAGAAGUUUUCAAGACUUGAAAUGAGAAAAACACAAAUUUAAAAAGCUAAAUGAAAUGAAAAAGAUGAAAGCACAGAGCAAUAAAUAGAGGAAAGCACAGCAAGUGUAAGUACUUAAUAUUCAGUGUUAGAGGUGGUCUGUUACAUCUUCUGUAAGUUUGCUCCAGCUUUGUAAAGCUUUUUUGGACACCAAUGUGAGAUGCAAAGAUACAAAAUGCAUAUGAAUAAUACAAGUACCAGCCAGUGACACAGUCUGAGUUACACUUAGUGCUGAAGGAAUCAUAAUGUACAGUACAAAAAAAAAAAAAAAAAAAAGAAAAAAAAAGAAAGAAAGAAUAACAAGUGAAAGGACUGAAGAACCCCUUAAAAAAAAACCUUGUUCAUUUAUGAUGAACUGCAAAAUUUCAAUCACUGCUUUUAAAGGAAUGUCUAUUCUGGUAACAAAUCAGUGUCAUGAAGCCCAGCUAAAACAAAAAGAGUCGAUUAAACAUGACACAAAAGCAAAAUAAAAAUAAAAAAGGGACAGUAAAAAUAAAAGUCAUCUAGAAUAAUUUCGUCUGGUAAAGAACUCUUAGUAAAAUAAUAAACAGUCCUCCUAUGCCAGCGUUUGAGAAAUAUGAUAGGAGCCGUUAUUUUCAGCCACAGGCGUUUCAGACAAGGACUGAAUAGAAAACUAGCUUUUCAGCGAUAGCAGCCCAUGUACAUGCUUGACGUCUGUCAAGAUCUCAUAAAAAAUAAGAUAUCAGGAGUCUAGCAAUGAAUGUAGCAAAUGUAGCUUGACUCAUAUAUAUAUAAGAAAUACAUUUUACACAGCAUUUAUCAAGCAUGUAACUCUACUCAGGAAUGAUAGGAUCCUUAUGAGUCUUUUCGCACUAAAUUUAUGCCAUUUAUACUCCAUAAAAUACUUCCUGCUGACUGACCAAUGAAAUCAAUGCCUGGCUUAAAUAUGCAGUUUUUAUUGCUGUUCUACAUUAACAGGCUGAUCAAUACUUCCACGCAAACAUAUUGCUUUUAAUGAUGUCCGUGUCAUCCUCACAAAUCCACAGCGUGAACGUUCAGCUUGUUGACAACAGCAAAAUGUCAUGUUAUCAGUGCUCUGCCACAUACAGAACAUACUGUUAAGUAGCAACUGCCGCAAGCAAUUUACCUCCAGUGUGCUUCGGACUGCAAACUGCAGCGGCACCCUACUCAUUUCAUAAACUAUAUAUUCUAUAGUUAAUAUUCUGCCUAUUGCAGGUCUUUCGUGCCAAGUGAAAAUAAUUAAAGACCAGGGAUCCCUGGACCAGCUGAACCCCUGUGAUCAGCAGUCGGUGAUGCCCCCCUCGAGAUUGCUGUGGGUUAGCUCAUAUCGGCAUCAAGAAGAAGUCCAAAGUGCCCGGUGUCAUGAUAACGCAGUUUAUGGAGGAACUUCCAGAGGGAAUGUCAACUCCAGAUUUCACCCGCAAACCCAUUGCUCUGACUAUUCAAGAGGGUAAACAUGCAGUCUUCAAGGCCAAAGUAGUCGGCGAUCCCACACCUACUGUAACAUGGAGCAGAGCAAAUGGAGAAAUAUUUUUUCACUCUGAGGUGUGCCUGCAAAAGUAUGACAAUGCGUCUCAAGAACAUACCCUUGAGUUUCCUAAGGUUGCCCCCGAGGAUGCUGACACCUACAAGUGUUUUGCAACAAAUGAAUAUGGAAGGGCGGUCUGCACUGUUGUCUUGAAUGUUAUCGCAGUUGGAUUCUCUAAGACCAAGGAACUUCAGAAGACACAAGGAGAAGAUGUAACAGACUUCAGAAAAAAACUUAAAAAACGUAAUUCUGAUGGAACACGUGAGGAGAAGCCAAUGGAGCCAGAGGAGAAGGUCUGGGAAAUUCUACUUAGUGCAGACAAGAAAGACUACGAGCGGAUCUGCGCAGACUACGGUAUCACAGACUUCCGAGGCAUGUUGAAGAAACUCAACGAAAUGAAGAGAGAGAGAGAGGAGGAGAUUGCAGAGUUUGUGACACACAUCAGUACACUGAAACAUAUUGAGGUCAAUGAUGACGACUGUGCAACAAUUGAGUUGGACAUGGACCUCAAGGAUCCGAGCAGCAAAAUUUUCCUGUACAAGGAUGGCGUCAUGGUUCCAUUCACCAAAGAAGACGGUGAGGGGCUGAAGCACAGUUUGAAACAAGUCGGCAAGAAAUAUGUGUUCACAAUUAAAAAGCUAGGUUCGGAAGAUGCUGGACUGUACUCAGUGGACGUUGAGGGUGUCAAUGUAUUCUCCACGGAUUUUAAAGUACCUGAAGUCGACUUUGCUGUCAAAAUACAAGAGGUCAAGGCAGAAGAACGAGAGGAUGCCCUCUUUCAGUGUGUCCUGACUGCACCCAUGAAUGAGAUCAAAUGGUUUGGCAAAAGCGCCCCACUGACAAAUAGUGAGAAACAUGAAAUCAUUGUAUCUGAAGAUAAGCUUAUCCACAAGUUGAUUGUGCGGGACUGUUUGCCUUUGGAUGCUGGCAUCUAUGCUGCUGUGGUAGGAAUCAAGUCCUGCAAUGCGUGGCUUGUAGUUGAAGCUGACAAAGAUCCUGCCAACAAAGGCAAGAAGGCAGCUCGCAAAACUACUAUGGCCGGGGGUGGUAAUGACGAAGAACUGAUGAAAAUUGCGAAAGAACAACAGGAAAGAUAUCAAAAAGAAAUGGAAGAAAAAAUGGAAAUUGCCAAGAAGGCUCAAGCAGAGAAAGAAGCUGCAGAAGCAGCUGCCCGGGCGGAGGCAGAAGCAGCCAGAAAGGCAGAGGCUGAGGCCAAAGCUGAAGCUAAAGCUGCAGCUAAGGCAGCUGCAAAGUCAAAGCGAGCAGCAGCUGGUAAGGAUGGAGCAGUGAGGAGAACUAAGAAAAAAGACGCUGGUUCUGCCGGUGGCGCAGGCUCCGCUGCAGAUGGUGCUGGUGGGGCUGGAGGUGCUGGUGGUGCUGGAGCUGAUGGUGGCAAAGGUGCAGGUGCUGGUCAAGGCAUCAGAGCUGGUGCUGGUGCAGAUGGUGAAGGUGGAGGAGAAGAUGGACGUGGAGCUGGAGUCAAAGGUGGAGCUGGAGGUGGGGCUGGAGGUGGAGCUGGAGCUGGAGUUGGAGGUGGUGAAGGUUUGGGAGAAGAUUUUGAGGGAGAAGAGGACUACGAUUCGUUUGAAGAUUCUGAUGCAGAAUUUGAGGGAGAGGGAGAGGGAGCAAGAAAAGGAGGAGAGGGAGCAGGAAAAGGAGGAGAGGGAGCAGGAGAAGGAGGAGAGGGAGACGAAGAGGGAGGAGAAGGAGAUGGAGAAGGAGGAAAAUGCAGAAAACGUGUGAGAGAUGGUCCACUUCUUCCAGAUACUGUGAUAGGAGAUAAUAAUGAUGAGGAAACCACAAAUCAACAAGGUGAAAAAUCUGGGAAAAAAGGAAAACGUGCCAAAAAGAAAAAUGUGGAGGUUGAAGAACCUGUUGUUGACCCAGGAGUUCACUUUCAUGCUGGGCUUUCUGACUGCAAAGCCAUUAUUGGAGAAGCAGCAGAGCUGGAGUGUAAACUGAGCAGUGAAGACUGUCAGGGAAUCUGGUACAAAGAUGGAGAUGAGAUUAAAUCAUCUGAGGGUAUAACCAUUUCAAAAGAGGGAAGUUUUCACAGGCUGAAAAUUCACAAAGUCACAGAGGAAUUCGCUGGAAAAUAUAAAUUUGAAGCAGAUGGACGGAAAACAGAGGCUCUGAUUGUUGUUGAAGAUCCACCCAGAUUUAAUACCGAGGAACUGGAUGCAUUUAAAACUCCUGUAACAGUGAAAAAAGGACACAAAGCUACCUUCAAAUUACCUUAUAUUGGACGGGAUCCUAUAAAAGUUCAGUGGUACCUUGAAGGUGAAGAGCUUCAGGAUGAAUCAAACAUCAAGAUUGAGCACUCAGAAGGGUACAGCCGUCUGCUUCUAACUAAGCUGCAGCGCAAAGACAGUGGUGAAGUCAAGAUAAAACUCAAAAAUGAAUUUGGCACUGUUGAGGCCUUCAGCCAGCUUGUUGUCCUGGAUAAACCUACUCCUCCAAUGGGACCUCUGGAGAUUGUUGAGGCCUCAUCAUCCACAAUUGAAUUCAAGUGGAGACCCCCAAAAGACAGCGGUGGCUGCAAGAUACAAAACUACACCCUUGAACGGCAACAAGUUGGCCGCAACACCUGGAAGAAGGUAGGACCAAUUGGUCCGGAGGCCCAAUACAAGGACAAUGAUGUAGAUCACGGCAGGAGGUACUGCUAUCGCAUCCGAGUGGAGACUGAAAUGGGAAUCAGUGAACUAAUGGAAACGGAGGACAUUCAAGCUGGUACAAAAGCAUACCCUGGACCUCCAUCAGCACCAAAGGUUGUUAGUGCCUUCAAGGACUGCAUUAAUCUCGCCUGGUCCCCUCCUUCUGACACUGGAGGAACCAAUAUUCUGGGAUACAACCUCGAGAAACGCAAGAAGGGCAGCAACCUGUGGGGCCAAGUCAACCCACCCGAUCAGAUGAUCAAAGGUAAAGGAGUUGCUGUUAAAGACGUGGUUGAGGGCAUGGAGUACGAAUUCCGUGUGUCAGCAAUCAAUAACUCUGGAGCGGGUGAAUUCAGUACACCAUCUGAGUUUGUGUUUGCCAGAGACCCUAAAAAGCCUCCUGGUAAAGUCAUUGACUUGAAAGUGACAGAUUCCACCUACACAACCCUGUCCCUGUCUUGGACCAAAACCAAGGACAUUGAGGGGGUUGAGGAUGAAGCCAAAGGAUAUUUUGUGGAGAUCAGGCCUGCAGAAAACACAGACUGGGAUCGCUGCAAUUCAAAUGCAAUAACCAUGACUUCCUAUACAGUGAAAGGCAUGAAGUCAAUGGCCAUGUACUGGGUCAGAGUCAUUGCUACUAAUGAUGGUGGGGAGGGACAGCCUCAGGAGCUGGAUAAUUACAUCCUUGCCAUGCCUCCUCCUGUGAGGCCACGAUUCACAGAUGCAAAAAUCAAGAGUUUCAUGGUGGUGAGGGCAGGAAAUUCUGCACGAUUCAACAUUAACUUUGAGGCCUCGCCUUGGCCUGAGGUCAUCUGGCUGAAAGAUGGAGUGCCAGUGUCUAAAAAAGUGACCAUCAGCAAUGCAGAGGGCACAUCCCAGCUUCUGAUUCCCUCAGCUGAGCGGUCAGACACUGGAAUCUACACUAUCAUUGUCAAGAACAUUGUUGGCCAAGAGACAUUCAGCGUUGAAAUCAGAGUUACAGAUGAACCUAAGCCACCAGGUCCUGUGGAGCUUGAUGAAAACGUGCCCGGGACAGUGACUAUUUCAUGGACCGCAUCUCCAGAUGAGAAACGUGACGACAGGCUGCACUACAUGGUGAUGAAGCGCGAUUCAAACAAAAGAACUUGGAACUCCAUUGGAGAUCGGAUCUUCAACAAUAAAUUCACAGCCUGCAACAUAAUGCCAGGUCGAGAAUACCAGUUCAGAGUCUAUGCAAAGAAUGACAUGGGCUCCUCUAAUCCCUCUGAAUCACCAAAGUGGCUUAUUUCUCAGAAAAGAGAAAAGUUCACUGUGAACCUGCCAGAGUCAAAGGCCUGUGAUCUGCAGUGUCCUCCAAAGUUCAUUGUCCCACUGAAAAUGCACACUGCUCCUCAAGGUUAUGAAUGCUACAUGAGCUGUGCUAUAAAAGGAGAUCCAACACCACAUGUGACAUGGCUCCGCAACAAUAUCAGUCUGAAUACCAACACUAAUUACUACAUCUCCAACACCUGUGGAGUGUGUUCCCUGCUCAUAUUGAGGGUUGGACCUAAGGACACCGGGGAGUAUAAGGUUGUUGCAGAAAAUUCUAUGGGGAGGGCAGAGUGCUCCACUAAACUGACAGUCAGAGAAUAAAUGAACACACUGAAGAUUAUAGAAUUGCUCUAAAACCCCAACAGAAAGUUUUUGGUAAUUUACUUCAGAUACUACAUACGUUGUCUUUAGAUUUGAGCCAGCUCCAUCCGAUACAGAUAGAUUGGUGGUUUUUCAAAGUUUAAGUCACAAUGAGGUCUUAGGCAUAGACUACUAAAACCCAUAGACUUGUUGCUGAAGUAAAACCCACAAAUGUGUUGUUUUGAUUUCAACUGUGCAAUCAUAAUAAAAUGAAAGCUUAAAAUACUAAUGCGCAGUCUUGCAUAUUUUAACAAUAACAGUAUGCAUGUUAAACAGCAAAAAUAUUUAUAUAACAGGACAUUACGUAGCAGUGAUUUUAAAACUUAAGGGUGUUUGCCUAAAGCUCCUGCAACUAUAAGCUUAUGUCUUUCGAUUCAUUUUUGGAUGUAGGUUUCUUUUCACAUUGGUAUGAGAAGAGAUAACAGAAUGAUACUGACAUGAAAAAUUUAUUUAAUCCUGAUUGUUUGUUGUAGUAUGUUAUACAUAAGAAAAUAUGUGUGGGUUUGGUGUAAAUAAAUGUUUCAUUCAUUA